GGUACCAAUUCUUGAAUUGCAGCAUUAAAUUGAACCCAACUAACAACCAUGCCAUGAACCAAUCAAACAUUGUAUCACAUUCUUCUCACUCCUCUAUAUAAACACCACAAUUGGCAUGGUUUUUAUACACAGAAAUUAAAACACUUAAUUUAUACUAGAUUUUCUUCUGCAAUGGCUUCUGCAGUUGUUAAGGCAACAUGUUUUGUCCUGAUAGCGGUGGCCCUAGUGGCGCCACUAGCUGAUGCAGCAAUCUCGUGUGGCACGGUGGUGGGUCAGCUGAAACCGUGCCUAGGUUAUGUGCAGGGUGGCAACGUUGUUCCUCCCCCCUGCUGUGGCGGAAUUAAGUCUCUCUAUACAUCUGCCAAAACCACAGCGGAUCGCCGGUCCAUCUGCUACUGCCUGAAAUCGCUCGCCGGAUCUUUUAAGGGCAUCAACUACAGCAAGGCCGCUGGCCUCCCCGGAAAAUGUGGUGUCAAUAUCCCAUACAAGAUUGACCCUUCCACUGAUUGCUCAAAGGUUCCAUAAUUUCAUCAGUGGAGCAGAGAGUUCGCUACAGCAGCUUGUUUAUGUACUAUAUGAAUAAAUAAAGAGAGUUUUCUUCUCUGAAGAGUGGAGGGAAAACCCUGGGGGUUUUCUUUGUACUUUUUUUUAUGUGUAAUCCAAUUAUGAGUAUGUUUAUUAGAUUUUGCUAUUUAUGUAUUUUCGUAUUAAUCAUAUAUAAUUUCGUUCGACAGAA